CCGUGCUGAGAGUCGCAUUUGGAGCAGAGUCGAGAAAAGAUCGUCUUUCGAUUCGACGUCGUGUGCGAUUUUUCUUCGCGAGUGCAGUUUAGUCAUUAUAAAACUCAAAAGAAAUUAAAUUUUAUCUAGGAAACAGACAUUGAAUCAGAUUAGAUGGAGCAGUUGUCCCAUCGACAGCAGUUUGAUCGGGAAAAUUUCUGCUGUGUGUGUGAGUGUUGAGCAAGAGUGCUAUUCUGGAAAAGAAAAACGGAAUUAUUAUUUUGUGUUGUGUGCAUUGUGAGGAAAAAUAAAAGCAUCGAAUCGGUUCCCGUUUUUUUGGUCGCCGUGCGUGAAUUGGAAAUCUCUGCCCCUGUAGGCGGAAGAUUGAGUGGUGUGAAGAGAAAACCCGUCGAUCUGGUGUGGUGGUGAUUGGGAAUAUUGGAAGAAAGUCCGUCGUCAUCACGCGGAGAAAAGUGGACCGCACAAAGGGUAAAUUUUAGAGCUUAGGGAUUGGAUGAUAAUUUUCGGUCGGAUCCUCCCUUCUGGAAGUGUCUGUUGCUUUUCUGGAAUCGAACACAAAGACAGUGCAGCAAGCAAGGAAGCAAGAAGGAAGGGGAAUCUAUUGUAGUAGAACGAACAUACAUUGCUGGGAGAAGGUGGUGGAGGAGGAGUAGGGGGUGGUAGUUCCCCAAAAAGAAACGGGAGUUCGGUUGCGGUGUUUAGCUUUUCUGGAACGGGACGAGUUUUGCAGUGCCACCGAAAAUAAUCGCAGCAUAACCGAGAUUCGACAGUUGCCGGGCACAACACGGUCUGUUGUCGUCGUCGUCGUUGGAAACCGUAAAUAUUGGUAAUCUGUCGAACCGGUCGGAAGUUUGGGGGAAAUUUGCGAAGGUGGCGUGAAAAUUUCUCCCCUGCCGCGGUGGAAUAGCCCGGAACUGGGCCACAAUGGCCGGAGCAGCUCGGCAGAAUCAUCCCCAACAGUGCCAGCAGGUUGCUCCCUGGUGGUGAACCCUCCCCGCAAUAUCUUUGUGGAUUACUCAUCAUCAGAGUCAGACCGAAAUCGUGCGGUGGUGUGUGCUGGGGUGCGCUGUCAUUCUCAAUUAUUAAUUCCUACCAACCAACAACAACAACAACAACACCGCACAGAGAGCUAACACAGCACAGCAUUUCGUCAUCGUGUGUGCUAUAUUGUUUGUUAUUUUCUUCGUUUUCGUUUGACGUGAUUGUGUCAUGCUUUUCUCUCUUACCUACUACCUCUCCUACCCAAAGUAAGAGAUCCGAAAUCCGAAAAAAAAAUGUACAGUGUUUGAUUGUUUGAUUUACUAGUUGUGUUUCGUUUUUUUUUCGUCGAAUUAAGAGCGCAGGUGAAACAAUAGUAGCAAACACAAAGGUGACGUGAAGUGGUUCGCUUAAACGCCGCCCUGAUGAUGAGAGCUGAGCUGCAGCAGCAACAGCAGAAGUGAGAAAAAAAAAAAGUGGAAUACAUAAGGCGUGUGGAUAUCCAAAGCGAAGGGAAUAAGAAAGCAGCCGCAGAGUUUUGAAGGAGAGUGAAAUAUUUGGGAAGAGAAAGUAAUUGGUGAAGAGUGUGAUUUGGGAAACCGAAAGAGCACUGCACUGUGGAGCUAGGCUUAGGGAAUAGAGAGUAAAUAAGUGUCACAGUGAGCUAGAGCAGUGAGCGGCGGUACGAUCUAGUUCACAUCACACAUGUGUGUACGUGCUAAGAGUGAUUAAGUUUGCGGUGGAAUCAAUAAGUGCGGGUGAGAAUAGCAGCAGCAGCAGCAAAAGUGGGAGCAGAAGUGGACCAUGGAUUCGCAGCAGGCUCAGCAGCCAAGAUCCGCCUACGAUAUGGAGACGCAGGAAUCGAGAUUUGCCAAACAGCGUGCCUCGGUCAAGUGGCUCCUGACGAAGGCGUACAACAACCGUGUUCCAGAGAUGCUCAAGGACCCAUUUUAUCGGGACCACGAAGGUCUGGACCACCUGAAGCCACAGAUCGUCGUCGGACUCGGCAAUGCUUCCAUUUACUGCCAGGUGCUGAGCAACAUCUACUCCGAUCCGAACUACCAGAGCCUGAACCACUGGUCGAUCCUGCAGACGCUGUCCCGCAAGGGUGUGCUACUGAACGAAUCUCCGGACCUGCCCCUCACCGAGACCGUUCUGAUUCAAACGAAUCCUCUUAGAAUUAAUGCCCACAUGACUGUGAUAGAAGCGCUGAUGGUGUUGUACGCUAAAGAAGUGGCUUCCAGUGGAAGAAUUUCCAUUGCAUUAGAAAGAAUAUCUGGCCGCAAUGUGUCGCAAGGCGCUCAGCAUCACGAAGCUGCCUUACUGAGCUGGAUUUCGCACGUAUGCAGUGCGCUGAAAAGGCGCAUCGACUACGAGCUGGCGAAUGGCGUUGGAGGCAGUGGCCCUGCAGUCGAUGAAUACGGUCAACGGCUGCAGAGUCCUUCGGUUGCACCGAUGCGAGACUUCCGGGAGCUGUGCGAUGGAGUCUGUUUAGCCUAUCUAAUAUCGUACUACUGUCCCAAACUAGUUCCUUGGCAUACUGUUAAAUUCAACCACGUACCAACCAUAGAGGACUCAAUCCACAACAUCCUCAUAAUUAGUAAUUUUUCCGAGCGAAGUUUGCCAUACUCAGUGUUCCACAUGACGCCAGAGGACAUAACCUACAUGCGAGGAGCUAUGAAGCAAAAUCUGGUGGUCCUACUGGCCGAUCUGUUCAAUCUGUUCGAGAUCCAUCCGGCCAAGUGUGUAUGCUAUCCCGGCAUGGAACAGCAGCAGGUAGCAGAUUCCGGAACGAACGAGCACGGCAUUGCGCAUCGGCGCGGCUUCGCGACCCACCAGGCCAUCCUGGCCAUUCCCGAGCUGCGUUCCGGGCUCGACUCGCCACCGGGCAGCAGCGGCAGUGGUGCCAACGCUGGCAGCAGUGGCGGCGGUACCCACCACCGCCCACCGUUUCAAGUGACCCGUUCACCUUCUGCGAGUACCCUAAGGAAGCAUGUCUCCACCAGGGAUAUGCACGAUCAACAGCAACCUCAGUUUUCACAGCAUCAACCGCAGUCACAUCAACCGUACCAUCAGGAUCAUGAUGAAGGCUUCGUGGUCCAUCGAAGUAAAGGAGUGCCAACACUGUCGUCGAUGCAGGAACCUCUGGUUCCGGCUCGGAUAAGACAAGCCAAGGAAAAAACCAACAACGACUCCAAAGCGGAAGAACGAGGCGAUAGCAUCCCAGCAGGUCGGCCCAGCAACUGGGAGGAAAACCGGAAGCAGAGCUUUUCAGGUCGCCGCUCGCGACGCAACUCGUUGAGCGAAGAUUCUCAGCUGACGAUCGAGAACUUUGGUGGUUCGCAAGACCAGCUCAACACGAUCGGACGUUUCGAGCGAGAGCGAAAGAUCUCCAACGCGAGCCUCACGUCAGUGGAACCCGUUACACCGGCGCGGUCCUCCAUCGCCGAUGCACGCGGUUCGAUCCAGUUCGGGUACGACACUGACUCGUCGGGCAACGAAAAGCAGGACCGGGACACCGAGAAGCCAACUCCCACGCUCCGGCGGCAUAACAGUACCAAUCUACAUUCCACUAGCGUUGAAAAAGACAUUAUCGAUGGUGAUAUGAGUUCUGCCUACGGAGUUGGUGGCGGCGGCGGCGGUGGCGGCGGUGGCGGUGGCGGCGUGGGUGGUGGUCCGGUGAGUGUAGCCGAUGUGGAAACCACGCCACGGAGGAAAACUUCUUUCGCGGCGCUGCCAAACAACACAACCACGUGGCAGCAGCAGGCGAUCAGCGUGCAAAAGACGGAAGAUGUUGAUGACAACCAACCGGGGCAGGAGGAUGCGAGUAAGAUUUCCACCAUCAAACUCAAGCUGGAGGAGAAGCGAAGGCUGAUCGAGCAGGAGAAACGCCGGAUAGAAUCCGCCUGGUCCAAGCAGUUACAAACGGUUGGGAAACAAGCCUUUUUACAAGCUAUUAACAAGCAGGGUAAGGGUGGCGGCAGCAUGUCGGAAACGGACACUCCCAAAGAGUCCCCCGAGAAUGCGGCAAUGAUGCUGGUGGAGGAUAGCACCACCACCACCACCAUCACUACCACCGUAGAUAGAGCGGAACGACCGUGUUCUCUAAAGGAUCUAGACGAUCAGAGUAAAUACGAAUCAAAGUGGAAUGCACAAAUCAUCGAGCCCAAGAAAACGCCAGACCUGGAGAACAUGGACUUGGAACAGUAUCAACAAAGUAUAUCAAAAAUGAACUCCAACCUGCACGAUAUUCAGGCCGACAUACAACGCCUCACCCAGCAGCAGACGCAAAUCCAAGCGCAAACCAUCCAGGCCCAGCAACUAUUGCAUGCCCAACAGAUAGCCAACCUACUCAAUCAGCAAUAUGGUUCCCAGCAGAACAUCCAGCAAACUAUCCACGGAACCUACCGGCCCAUCAACACACAGCUUUUCGGCUCUAGUCCUCACCUGUCGCAGCAAAGUGCUCCUCUGCUGCAGCAACAAUCGCCGAUCAACUACGGAACUCGGCCACCUAGUCGCGAUCCCUACCUGACCCAGCAGCAGCAACUGCACACCCUGCAGUACGUGAACGAUCAGGGUCAGUACAUCCAGCAAGCCCAACAGCAACAGCAACAUCAACACCAGCACUACAUGGGCUACGAAAACGGACAGUACCGGAAAGAAAAUCAAUACUCAUCGAAUCCCUACCUGAACGUGGAUCAACACCAGCAACAGUUCUACCAGGACUCGAACCAUUACCGGGAUCCUUACUUACCCCAGGAGGUGAAAGAACCUCCCAUUCCACAGCAGCAGCAGCAGCAGCCGCCGCAGCACAAUCAGUUCUUCCUGCAUGAUAGUAGUGGCGGCGGUACUCCGCCCCAACCUGCCCAACGCCGGACGUGGGCACAGUCGGCUGCCACUGCUGCAACCCAACGGGGUGGUGCUGCCACCGACAUCCAGCUGGACAUCAACGCAUGGAACCAGGGCAUCAAGAGUUCACCGUAUAACAAAUCUCCUAGUCAAAGUGGCUUCUCGCUGCACCACAACGGUGACUCUGGUGGCGAUGGGUAUGGAGCCGGUAGCCGAUACGGCGGUAGUCAACAGUCAUUCCAAAAUCUGUUCGAAGUGCAUCACGGUUCGUCGAGCAGUCCUCAGCACAGUCGGGUACGGAACCAAAUAUCGCAGAUGAUCAACCAUGGCGGCAGUAGUAAUUCAUCGCCCGGAGCGGAAACCCGCAGUCACCAUGAUUCGUUCCGAGACAAUCGGCCUAUGCCCCUGUCGCCGCCGAUUGACGAUAUGGCCCCGCAGAGCAUUUCCUUCAUCGGGGACGAAGAUACGGGUGACAUUGAGAUCAAUACAUCGAAGGGAACUAGUUUUAAGCUGCGGCAGCAGCAACAGCAACACCAACUGGACCAGCUGUACGGCAGCAGUAAGCAGGGUAGCAACAAGAUACAGAACAACAAUGCCGCUCCGGAGCUGAACAAGCACCUAAGCAAACUGAACAUUACCAGCGGAAAUCGUACUUAUAGGAUCCCGUCGCCGACGCGGCCCGCGUUGAACUCCAACAGUUUUCAUGACCCCCAGCAGGACGAUAUGAAUGAGAAAGGUUUCUACAUCUCGUUCGACAACGAGCAACCGAAGCGGCCGAAACCUCCCCUCCGAACGAAACGGUCGCCCAAGAAGGACAAACUGGGUACCGAUACGGUGGACCAAUGCAAAGAAUCCGAAAAACCCAGCCAUAGAGAAAACAAUCAAAACAAUUUCGGCACCUUCAGCGUGAAGACGGCAAACAGUUUCUCGGCCAAUUUCAACGAGGAGCAAGUGAUCGGCCGCAAGAGUAUUAUCGAUAGUGCGACAUCCCCGUUCGAGACGGCGGCCACCGGAAGUCGCUCCAGUGGCAACAGCAACAUCAACAAUAACAUCAACAACAACCACAGCGGUGGUAGCAGUAUGGCCGCUACCCUGGACCGGGAUAUCGGCGAGAGACGGCAUCUGGAGGAUGUGACGAAUCAUACCACCAGCAGCAGUGCGAUGAAUAACAACAAUAUUCAUCAUUACAACAACAAUAAUGGGGACGGAUAUGGUAGCGAGAACGAGAACCAACGGAAGGCCAAACUAGUGAUAGGAACCGAUGUGGCAACUCUGGACCCGAACUCCGUCGACGAGAUGGAGCGAAGGAAGGAGAAAAUCAUGUUACUCUCGCUGCAACGGCGGCAACAAGCCGAGGAAGGCAAAGCUCGCAAGGAAAUCGAAGCGAUGCAGCGGCGGGAGAAGGAACGGGAAAAGGAAGAUGAAAAGGCGCGCAAAAAGGAGGAACAGUUUGCCAGGCGGCAAGCCAUCCUCGAAGCGCACAAACUCAAAAAGGCCAUCGAAGAAGCGGAGAGAGAAGGUAAGACCAUCGAUCGGGAACUACUGAUCAAGCACCAACAGCACCAAGCCCAGCUGCACCAGUCAUCGGCCGGCGGAAGCAUGCACCAAACUUCGUCGGCACCGGCGGCCAAGAUGCGACCUCAGAAGCUCAACCGGCCGCGCCCCAAAACGAUACACGUCGAAACGGGUUCGGUGGAUCUGAGUGAAACCUCCAGCCUCAGUAGUCGGGGUAAGAAGGGAUCCAACUCAAAUCUGACCGGAAUCGGCCUGCACAGCUCGAACUCCAUGCGACGAGAUUACUACCGGGGAUCGCAGGAUUCAUUAGCGAUAAGAGAAUCACCGGAUGAAUAUCCCAGUAGCAGCUCCACGCCGAUAGGCCGACGAGGCUCAUACAAAACUGGAAGAGAACCGGCGACGAUCGAACGAGGUCGUACCUUAUCACGAAUCUCGCUAGCGAAAGGUGCCAAUUUCCGGGGACGUAAAUCCAACUCCCUGAUGAAUCUAUGCGAUUCCGACUCUGGUCUGGGACGUGCGACGCCACCGAGACGGGCUCCGUCGCCCGGCAUGGGACCUUCGAGUCGUCAUCUGCCAUCGCCGUCGGGCCCCGGUUCGCUACCGCCGGGCCUGAUCACCAAACGUCGCGGCUUCGACGAUGGAUCCAGUGAUAUCUCUUCCACCGCCAGUUCCAUGAUGGACUACAAUGGGCCCAAGCUUUACAAACAACCUGCGACCAAGUCGAAUCGGGGCAUCAUCCUCAAUGCCGUCGAGUACUGUGUCUUCCCGGGGGCGGUGAAUCGCGACGCCAAACAAAAGGUGCUGGAGAAGAUUGCCCGGUCCGAGGCGAAACACUUCCUGGUGCUAUUUCGGGAUGCGGGUUGCCAGUUCCGGGCCCUGUACGGCUACUGGCCGGAGAACGAGCAGAUCAUCAAACUGUUCGGAACGGGACCGAGCCAGGUCGACGACGUGAUGUUCGAUAAGUUCUUCAAAUACAACUCCGGCGGCAAGUGCUUCUCGCAAGUGCACACCAAACACCUCACCGUGACGAUCGACGCGUUCACGAUACACAACUCCCUGUGGCAAGGCAAGAAGGCGAACCUCCCCAGCAAAAAGGACAUGACACUGGUCAUUUGAAGCGCUGGCCCACUGAUGAUGAAGACGAUACACCGUUACCUUUUAUGGUAGGUAGAUAGCCUCCUCGACGAGAUCAUCUCGGCUAGAAUCGAUCGAUCGAGAGGGAGAGAGAGAGAGGUGUCUAAUGGUGGUUCGAAAAAUUCCUAUCACUACACCCCAUUUAUCUAACACUGUGUCAAAUCAAGACGAUCGCUCUAACAACAACAACAAAACAAACAAAACAGGAAAGGGACAGUAUUUUUUCCUCCUCACACACUAGUGUCGUGCGUGUACCUAUGUCUUUUUUAUCGUGUUAUUUAAUUCAGAGAAAUUAAAACUAAAACAACGGCAAAAGCCAGGAUGACCAGAUGAAUUGAGGCCAAUGAAAAAGCUGUGCUCUUGUGAAUGUAAUUCAAUUGCAGGAUAAUUAGUGCUACGCGAGAAGAAUUGAUUGUUUCUAGCGAGACUUAGUUAAAGCAAAAUUUCGACAGCUAUUACCUUUCCGUUUGUUGCUUAGAAGGAAACUUAACAAAAGCACUAAAUCAUUUGUUUGCCUUCUUGUUUCUUUGUAAAAAGGUAUCUUUUUUCCGAAGUUGCAAACACAAACUCUAACCAAUUUCUGCAUGCUUACUAGGGAACCUCAAAAUAACGACUGUUGUACAUAGCUAUAUAUAUAUAUACCUAAUAUGAAUAAUUAACGAUUAGUUAGCGCUCUCUUCCCAAAUAAGGUUAAAAAAAAGUUAUGUUCAUACAAAUUAAAAUGACAAACAAGUCACUUUUAGAACGGUUCAAAACAAUCAUCGCAAACAAAAGAAAGUUCAGUUUUGUUACUACUAUUGAUUGCACGAAUAAACGUAGCGAGUAAUGUUUUUCUUCGGUGUCUAACAAACCCAUCAUCUAUCGCGUAUCUGUUCUUAGAGCAAAUGAACUGCCUUCGAAUGCCCCUUUCCUGAUCUACUCAUCGUCCUAAUCCAAUUCCUUUCUAGAAAAUAAUAGGAGUUACUCCCAAACAGAAGCCAACCAUAAUAAUUCAAUACAAUAAAACACACACACACAAGUACUGAAGAAGGUAACUAAAUAACUAAACAAUUUAACCUAGGAAAUUGAAGAAAAUAGUAAAUAGUGAUAAGAAUUAAUUUAUUUCAUCCCGUGUUUCACCCCCCGUCUAAUCGUAUAAUUCGAACUUGCAUAGCGUUGUUUUCAAUUUUAUUGUUUUAUUCUAUUUUUUCUUACUGGGAAUCUAACGAAAUCCUAAUUUAUUCACUCAAGACCCCUUGGAUCUAAUUUUUCGUUCGUUUUAACAACACCAGCGCAGAUGGUAACUCUGCAACUAGGGAAAUGUAUUAAAGGUAAUCAAUUUGAGCGCAAGUAAACCGGAGAGAGAAAGUGAAAAAAAAAACAAACGAGGAAAAAGUCCAUUAGUUGUGUAAGUUGAUGUUUGCGGUGUGGUGAAAGGAGAGAACACCACAUCGAAGCCGCCCUCCCCCACCCCGAUGAUGCCGCCUUCCCCUAGCUCCCAUCUCAGGCGGGCGAAUAAAGACUUUUUUUGAACGAGAGCGGACGUUUUUUACCGAUAGAUUUUAGGAUUCUAAUUCGUUUUUUUUUUGUGUCAAGCGACAAAGCAACUCACACACAACCCGUGUCUAAUCAUUAUUUUUUAAAUAAUCAUAACGAAGUAAUACUUGGUAGGAUUAUAAUUUGUGGUUAACGCUUAAUCGAAAGAAAGAGGGGAUGUGCUGGAAGCGAGCUAAUUAGGGAGCAUUUGUGCAAAAUAACUAAAGAAAUAAAGAUGAAAAGAUUAACUUAUUGCUAAAUCAAAUCAAAUGACAGAAAGGGUUGAUAACUAUAAAAACAAAGAAUGGUUAUUGAUUAACUAUUUAGGGCUGUAUGCCGAGCAUAAAAGCAUGAAAACAAACAAAAAAUCCAUAUUUGACUCCUAACUGACUUAUGUUAACGUGUACCAACUGCUGGUGGACUUCAACUCCAUUUAAUUAACUAGGAAUUAUUAAAAAAAAAACCUCUCUUCUUUUUGUACAUCAUCCCGUGUAUUAUUCUGAUGAAAAAAAAAAAAACAAA